AUGGCUGCCCAGGAUACCAUCAAACCCCUAGUGGACAGAAUCUUGGCCAAUCCUCUGGCAUUCAUGACUGCUAAAAAUACAGCUGGAACUUCUAGUGAAGUGAAUAGCAAUUAUAUAAUCAUCGGCGCUAAAUCCAAGAAUGAGGAUAGAUCUAACGACGCUAAGGUUAGUCAUGCAGAUCUGAGUGAUACAUUAGAGGAUAUUGAUACUGGUGCUAAUGAGUCUAUGAAAAAUAAAUAUCACAAGAAAAAUUUACCCAAAUCAAUGGCAGAGGCAUUAGCGAUGUAUUCUCAAACACCGAUUACAAAAAAGGCUGUAUAUUCUAGUAAGAAGGCUGCUAAGAAUAAGAAUGAUACUAACGAUGAUAUUUUGUUAAGUGACACUGAUGUCAACGAGACUCAAAACAAUGCUAGUGUCAAUGGCGCUAUUAAUGCUACUGUGUCUUCUUCUUCCUCUGAAGAUGAAGAAAUAUUUCACGAGGCUAGAGAAUACGCUACUAGCCCGGCUACGGACUCUUCUGAGACAGGUAAUUUAAAUAAUGUUAAUGUUAAUGUUAACAAAAUUUUGAACACCCACCAUAUUCAAAAAACUUCUAAUAAUCAAGAGCUUUCCACAGAUUUUACUGAAGAUUUGGGGGAAGAUCUGGGAGAGGAUAUCGGUGAAGAUCUUGGUGAGGAUAUUGAUAAAGCUAGCCAUGAAGACGAUAAUGAAAACAUAAGUGAAGACUUAGGUCUAAGUACUGGUACUCAAUCAGCUCAACAACUGAGGGUAAUGAACUCUACUAUAGAAACUAAUACAGAAGGUAAUGCUGAGACUAGUAGUAAUGAAGACAAGGAGGGUGAGGAAGCCACAGAUGAUAUUGAAGAUGAAGCCGAAGAUGAUGAUGAAGAUUUUAAUGAAGAUGUUAACAACCUUUCCUCUACAGUAUCCGAACAGUCUCAAGAAGACAGUAUAAAGAUAUCUACUAAAACCGAAGAUGACAUGGAUAUUGAUGAUGAGUUAGAACCUAUUUCAGACUCUGAAAAAUUACAAUUACAACUGGAGGCAAAAGAUUAUCAAGAAUCCCUUCUAAAAGAAAACUCAGAAGAGAGUACCAAUAAUAGCAGCGAAUCUUCAAAAGACACUCCAGAAGAAGAAGACAAGAAAUACUCUAAAAAUGAAGAAGAAGGUGAAGAAUUGAAGCAUAAAUUACCAAAAUCUAAUACUGAAAAUACUUCAGCUUUUUAUGAAUUUAAUAAAAAUAUUAAUGAUAGAGGUUGUAAUAAAGAUUCUAAAAUAAUUAAAAAUUGGGGUCCACAAUUAUCUAGCCUGAAAUUAAAAGGAUUACUGAAUCAUGGGGUGACUUGCUAUACAAAUGCUGCAGUCCAAGCUAUGCUUCAUAUACCUGCUGUUCAGCAUUAUUUGUUCGAUAUAUUACGCGGUAACUAUAGCUCAACUAUUAAGCCAAAUUCUGUAUCUUAUACUUUGGCUGAGACUAGUAGAAAAAUGUGGAAUUUACCUUUAAAGAAUAAAAAAAAUGGCAAAUCUUCCAGUAGCUCUUAUUUUGAUCCAAAAAGAUUAAUAUCGAGAUUAGAUGAUAUUAACUGUAUGAUGAGUGAAUGGCAACAAGAAGAUUCACAUGAAUACUUUAUGUCAUUAAUGUCACGGUUACAAGAAGAUUCAGUUCCAAGAGGUCAUAAGCUGACAGAAUCCAUCAUUUAUGAUAUUUUUGGAGGACUAUUAAAGCAAUUGGUCACUUGUAAAUCCUGUGGUGAAGUGUCUAAAACAGAACAACCAUUUUACGAUCUUUCAUUACAUUUGAAAGGUAAACGUAAACUUCAUUCAUCUGAAGAAAAUGUUGGUACCACUACUAACGCUUUAGCUGAUACUGAUUCAUCUAAUGCUAAACAAACUCAAGAUAAUUUAGUCGCAAACUCAAUAUCUUCAAAAACUACUAGUGAUACCAACACAUCAUUCGCUUCUCAAGAAGGUCUUACUCGCAGAUUCUCUAUUGAAAAGUCUAUAAGAGAUUUCUUUAAUCCCGAAUUGAUUAAAGUGGAUAAGGAAAAGAAAGGUUACGUUUGUGAAAAAUGUAAUAAAACUACGAAUGCAACAAAACGUAGUACGAUCUUAAGAGCUCCAGAAACAUUAUUAAUCCAUUUAAAGAAAUUUAGAUUUAAUGGUACUUCAUCAUCUAAAAUGAAGCAAGCUGUCUCCUAUCCGAUGUUUUUAGAUUUAACUGAAUUUUGUGAAGCCGGUAAAGACUCUAUAUUACCCGUCAAAUAUCAGUUAUUAAGUGUUGUUGUUCAUGAAGGUCGCUCCUUAUCUUCAGGUCAUUAUAUUGCUCAUUGCAAGCAGCCCGAUGGCUCUUGGGCUACAUAUGAUGACGAAUACAUCAAUAAGAUCUCAGAAAGAGAGAUGCUGAAGGAACCAAACGCUUACUAUCUGCUAUACACUCGCUUAACUCCACAUGAAGUCUCUCUGUCUUCAAAUCAUGUUACUGCUAAACAGUUAGCAAUUCCAAUGUCAAAUACUAACAAUACUAGCAGCGUAACAUCAUCUCCUGUAGUGAAUAAAAAAACUAUUUCACAGAGAUCACAAGUUUCUAAUAAUAAUAAUAAUAAUAAUAAUAAUAAUAAUAAUAAUAAUAAUAAUAAUAAUAAUAAUAAAAAUAAAAAGAAAUGGAAACAAAAUAAGAGAAGAAAAUUGAAAAAAUAA